GUUACCUUUUAUGGACAACGCUAGCAGUCCCGCGAACGCAAAUAAAACCGGUGCGGUUUGGCUCGUGAUGCUGCAUUUACCGAGCACAGCUGGGGCAGAGGAGCACCCGCGCGACUUUACCGACAGACACACCUGAGACUCACCUGCACAGAAAUGGACGAAGACAUCGCUGCCCUCGUUGUUGACAACGGCUCCGGCAUGUGUAAGGCCGGUUUCGCCGGAGACGAUGCCCCCCGCGCCGUCUUCCCGUCCAUCGUCGGUCGCCCCAGACACCAGGGUGUGAUGGUGGGAAUGGGUCAGAAGGACAGCUACGUGGGAGACGAGGCUCAGAGCAAGAGAGGCAUCCUGACCCUGAAGUACCCCAUCGAGCACGGCAUCGUCACCAACUGGGACGACAUGGAGAAGAUCUGGCAUCACACCUUCUACAACGAGCUCCGUGUUGCACCUGAGGAGCAUCCAGUCCUGCUCACUGAGGCUCCGCUCAACCCCAAAGCCAACAGGGAGAAGAUGACGCAGAUCAUGUUCGAGACCUUCAACUGUCCUGCCAUGUACGUGGCCAUCCAGGCCGUCCUGUCCCUGUACGCCUCCGGUCGUACCACAGGUAUCGUGAUGGACUCUGGUGAUGGUGUCAGCCACACUGUGCCCAUCUACGAGGGCUACGCUCUGCCUCACGCCAUCCUCCGUCUGGACCUGGCUGGCAGAGACCUGACAGACUACCUGAUGAAGAUCCUCACUGAGAGAGGCUACAGCUUCACCACCACCGCCGAGCGUGAGAUCGUUCGUGACAUCAAGGAGAAGCUCUGCUACGUGGCCCUGGACUUUGAGCAGGAGAUGCAGACGGCAGCUUCCUCUUCCUCCCUGGAGAAGAGCUACGAGCUCCCUGACGGUCAGGUCAUCACCAUCGGCAACGAGAGGUUCCGCUGCCCUGAGACGCUCUUCCAGCCUUCGUUCAUCGGAAUGGAGUCCGCCGGCGUCCACGAGACGACCUACAACAGCAUCAUGAAGUGCGACGUGGACAUCCGUAAGGACCUGUACGCCAACACCGUGCUGUCCGGAGGAACCACCAUGUACCCCGGCAUCGCUGACCGCAUGCAGAAGGAGAUCACCGCCCUGGCCCCACCCACCAUGAAAAUCAAGAUCAUCGCUCCCCCAGAGAGGAAGUACUCGGUCUGGAUCGGCGGCUCCAUCCUGGCCUCCCUCUCCACUUUCCAGCAGAUGUGGAUCAGCAAGCAGGAGUAUGAUGAGUCUGGUCCCGCCAUCGUCCACCGCAAGUGCUUCUAAAGGCCUCAACAGUGACUCCACCCCCUCCCCGCCAUCUUGUGAACAGACUAAAAGAUGUGAGAUGCCACAUACAAGUAUAAUCCAGCAGCUGUUUACAUGUAACUGUGUGAGCGCUGCAGAUCCUCAGCUACUGAACCUCUGGACUUUAAAACAUUUCUCGACACGUUAGUCUGAUUCUGCUCACAGCUUUAUUUCCCUCCGGUGAUCAAACUGCUGAUGGUCAGAAAACAGUAUUAUCACCGAACACUGACGAUCUAAUGCAACAAGCUGCACAUCAAUACUCAGCUUUUUCUUUUUUUUUUCCUCAUCCAUUCUGUUUGUCAGAGUCGAGCUGUAUCUGUGCUCAGUGUUUACACUCACCAAUAAAAUGCCAACAUUUGA